AAAUUUCUUUAUCAUUUAGAUUAGAAAUUUUUGCAUUAAAAUGUAGAUUUAUUACAAGACUGGGACAGCUGGUCAUUUGUUUUGCCACUUUCAAAUAUUUUGAAUAUUCAUGGCAAGUCUUUUUCUAUCAUAUGCAGUUGUGAUUUUACUUUUUAUCAAGUUUUCACAACAACAUAUGCCAACAUAUCAUGUAUAUGGUUACCUUGGACAUCUGUUUAAAUAUGAUUUGAUCACAAAAUAUGAUGGCGUGUGUAAAGUUUCGGUAAUCAAGGUCAUUGAUUUUGCAUCCGGUAAUGAGAAGCUUCCAGCUUGGAUAUUUCAAGAUGAAUUCACAGAUGUAAACCUACUUUCAGGAAUACCAAACAAAAUCGGUACCUUUAAAUUGACAGUUAUGCUGUUUGGGAAUGAUUUUGGAAGCUUUGUAAAGCUAUGCAAGACAUACUUUGUGAAGAUCAGUAUACUCUCUCAUGGUAUAUACAAUGUCUUGGAAUCUUACAUUAAUCACCAUAACAUGGCGGUAAACAAAAACAAACUUUCAGAUCAUUAUCUAGGUUGUUUGACAUCCCCGAAGGUUUACGUACUUAGUUUAAUAUUCAAAUCUGCUUGUUUUGUUGACUAUCGAGACCUGCACCACAAAGGAAAGCGUUUAAAUUCACAUUUGAACACCGAGCCAGACCUGCUGCAAAUAUUACAACACAAUAGCUCACAUGCUCUUUAUAAGCAACUGUUUUCCCUGUCAAUGCAUGUUAUUAAUUCCAUUGAGGAUGUAGGCGAUUCAGACUACGGAUAUAUCUUUUCCUGGCCAAUUAGUUGUACAACUGCAUCCGAACACCAACACAAGCUUUACCGUAGAAGCCUACACAGUGAUUUUGAAGAUGCCACGCAAAUGAAGUUGUCGCAAUGGCAUUUGACGAGUGGCUUAAUGCGUAAAAAACGUGAAACUGUGGAAGUGUUUUUUGGAUCAAUUAGUGCAAUAGUUGGAACUCCUGUGGAAGAGACUUCAACAGUAUCAGUGCUAAGAAGUUUCUCUGUGUUGGGUACGUCAGCUGUGACGAUGUUGAGUUUAUCUAUUCCAGUAUCAAUGUUGUCUUUUUUACAAAGUAGUUCAAAAAUUCCCUACACCAGCUCCUAUGGAGUUAAAUCGAAAUCGUUUUCCUCUUCAGCAAUAUCAGUCUUUAUUCAACCAACCAGUGCAUUAUUUUCAUCUUUAUAUAACAAAUUGACUACCAGUCCGCUGAUUAAAUAUUCAAAGAGUAUUCAACAAAGUAAUUCAUCGUCACUUGCACCAUUAGAUUCUAAAAAACCGAAGAGUUCUUUUCGUGUACGUCCAACUUUGCUAACUACAUUAAAUUUUACCAGAAUUACAUCAACACCAACAUUAAACUCACAAACUGUAAUUAUCACUACACUACCAGAAAGCAGUUCCACUAUCCAAAGAAAAUUGUCAAAUGUCAGCAAAACACUUGUCCUGCAUUCAUCAACAUUACUAUUUAACAGAAUUACAUCAAUACCAACAUUAAACUCACAAACUGGGAUCAUUCCUACGCAACGUAAUAAUAGUCCAACCACUCAAAGAAAAUUGUCAAAUGUCAGCAAAACACUUGUCCUGGCUUCAUCAACAUCAAAAUUUACCAGAAUUACAUCAAUACCGAAAUUAGACUCACAAACUGUGAUAACCACUACACUACCCGAAAGCAGUUCCGCCAUCCAAAGAAAAGUGUCAAAUGUUAGCAAAACACUUGUCCUGCCUUCAUCGACAUCAAAAUUUAGCAGAAAUACAUCAAUACCAACAUUAAACUCACAAACGGUAAUCAUCACCACACUACCUAAAAAAAGUUCCACUAUCCAAAGGAAAAUGUCAGAUGUCAGCAAAACACUAGUCCUGCCUUUAUCGACAUCACAAUUUAACAGAAUUACAUCAAUACCAAAAACUGCAAUCAUUACUACACUACUUAAACAUAGUCCCACCACCCAAACAACAGUGUCAAAUGUCAGUAGAACACUUGUCUUGACUUCAACAUCUCAUGUGGCAAGUAAAGAUGUUGUAACAAGUUUCUUGACAAUAAAACUUUCUUCGAUAACAGGUAUGGGUAGUGUCUUGGAAUCUACCAAAAAUAUUGACAAUACUUCGACUUUUACAAAAGCUACCGACGAGGUAGUAACAGUUACAGCAACUCGAAUUCAUUUUACAAAUAAAAUUUUUCCAAGCUCACAACAUUCGACUUUAAUAUAUAAAACAGUAAGCUCUAUGUUGAAACAUUCAAGUACUGCUCCAACAGCAACUGCAGUGGUCAGCACUCUCAGCAGUCCAGUAUUUUCACGCACUCACCGAAAAGAUAGUCACGUUUCGUCACUGCAUAUAACAACAUCGUCAGUUGAUUCAAAUACACCACCGUUAUCAAGUACAUCAAUUCUAUUCACAAGCAAAUCUGUUAAACCAUCAGUUACAUCUUCAUCUGCUUACUAUGAGUCUUCAACUUCAUUUUCAUACACCAGUAUCAUGUCUAAAUCAUCAAGUGUGAUUUUUACCUUCCUAUUUCCGACGAUUUUAAAUUCGCCUGUAACAAGUUCAUCAUUUUUUUCUAAAAAGAUUCCUUCUUCAACACUCAAUAAAGGUUUAGAUACAACAAGCAGUACAAUUCGAUAUCUUACUUCCUCGUCGCAUACAACGCCAAAGUUAUCGAUUAAGUCAAAGUUUACUCCAACUGCUAGUUUGAUUAGCUCAUCAAACUUUUUACAUAUUCAAACAACAUUAUUUGAACUUACCAGCGCAACUUCUAUGGCAACUACUUCGAAAAAAACAGACAUCGUCAGCUCCAUUGUGGUAAGUGCGGUAGAUACCAGUACUAUGGGUACAUCGUCUAUUAUAUCUACCAAGUUCCUACCAGCAACAUCGAGUUAUAACAUAUACAGUGUGCGAUCGUCAACUGCUUUCGAAAGCAAAUCGUCUUUACUAACGAUGUCUAAAUCUACUGUUCCGUAUACUCCAUCUAGUAUUCAUACAAAAUCACAAACAGCAUCUCAGUCAUCUAAGACCAUUAGUACGAUGCGACCAUCUGAUAUUAAAACCCCACCUCACUCAAGUAUCUUCGAAAAAGUAACUACUAUGAUUAGUCUUUCGCCGUUCCAAAAAACUCAAAUUAGCCAACAGCCUAAAACGAAUUCAAUUCUCGCGACAAGUCAAUCCAAUUAUAAAACUAGGACGAAAGAAUCUUCGACUGCUCUGACAAGCUCUUUGAAGACACAACUCAGUAAGCAUAAAACGUCAACUAUCUAUAGUCCAAGCCAUACCGAUGUGAUCUCUAGCUAUCUUAUUAGCUCCUUGAAAUAUUCAAGCUCGACGAAGCCAAUUUCCUGUGUAACUGUGUGUACAACAAGUCUCAACCAAACGAGGAUAACAAGAGAAGCAAGCUCAAUUAGUCAGUACAAAUCACGAAUCGCCGUGUCCUCUUUAGCUACAAUUCAUUCAUACACUCAAUCGUCUACUAUAGUGUUUACGACAUUUAAACCGGACUCUCCUCCGCAGGUAAAAAACCCUAUUGGUCAUCAAUUUGCAUCUAGUGGACGGUUAUUUCAACUGCGCAUACCAAAUACCGUUUUUCAAGAUUACGAAGAUGGAGGAACCCGUAACCUUAGUCUUAAAGCGAAUACUUCAAUUGGUGACCUUUUAAUAACUAGUAAUUGGUUGAUUUUUAAUGCUAAUACCCAGACCUUUACAGGUAUUCCUUUGCGACAAGACUUUGAUGCGCAAGGAAGUAAUGGAGUAACCAUCACUGUUUCGGCUGCUGAUAAAUCUGGAAACAUUGCUAUUGAUACAUUCAACAUAUAUAUUAAAGAGCCAAUGAAAAGUUUGACUUUUGUUGUUUUCUUAACACUGUCGUUAGAUUUCACCACCUUUCUAAAGCAAAAAAAUCUACGUGUCGAUAUUAUCAAUCGCAUUGCUCGCUUUUACGGAACUUACGAAUCUGAAGAUUUAUAUGUGUCAUCUCUAGAAGAAGGCUCGACUAUUUUGGGCUGGAGUAACACAAGUCUAGGUGUUAAUACAUGUGCGAGAGAAAGUAUCGGACAGAUUAUGGAGCAAGUACAAACGCCACAUACCAACACUCCAUCUGAGAGGUUUUCACAAUUUUUGCUACCGGAAUUCCCGCUUAUCGGUGUUUCGUCGGAAUAUAUAGGGGUAUGUGUCGAAAAUGCAACAGCGUCGCCACCUGUGACGGUUCCUAUUGUUCAGGAUAAUAAACUUAAUUAUUUGUAUUACGUAAUCCCUAUUACUAUUCUUGGAAUUAUUUUACUGAUUGUUUUAAUAAUCGUAUUAUUGUUUUGGAGAAGAAAUCGAAAACAGGAUGUUCGAAGGUAUGAGAAAGGAAGACCAGCCCUGUUACCCGAUGAGAUCGAAUUGCAGAAGUUGGCGGUUCAAGAACGGGUGUUUGAGAAUCUACCCAAAUCUUAUAUUGGACCCUACGAGAAAGAUGUUGUUGACGCUGUCUCAAGUAUCAGUGACAGUAGUUAUUCAUCUCAGGAAUCUAUAAGACUACCAGCGGAGCCACCGCCCGCUUAUGUGCAACCUCCACCAUAUAAACCACCUCUUUUCCAUUUGAACCAAUCAGAAGUUUGAUUUUAGUUUAUUUUAUACAAUAAGGUGACUUUAAAUUUUUUGGCUUCAUUCAUAAUUGCUUUUACACCCGCGAAUUUGUACGAACAAUUCCUCAAAUCUCAAUUUUCUUUUUGCAGAACUGUAUAAUUUGUCACAUGAUUUAUAAGUUUGUUCUGGUAAAUUUUGGCGUCAAUUCAUUCCAUCAACGCGCAAUAUACGUUAAAAUAUGUGUCUCGCCCUUUUUUUACAUCAGUUAGACAAUUUUUAUUUUUGUAGUUCUUUCGAUUUCAAUAAAAAAUUCUAAUGGAAAAAAACAUGCUCGUAGAGUGUAAAACUAAAAGACGUUGUGAUUUGUUUAUUGUAGUGUAGGAUUUUGUUUUCACCUUUCUUAUUUGGAUUUUUUUAUACAAAAACUUUAAUUUUUUAAUGCAUUAGGUUUUUGGAUUUUUUUUAAUUUUUAAAUUUUUAAUGGUUGAAUUAAUUUAUUAAUUUUACUUCCAUUGUAUUAUAGUUAAUAGAUUAUUCAGACAAUUAUUAAUUUAUCUUGACAGAACUCGGACAAUCUGCAGCCGGUAGCUGAAUCCAAAAUUAUGUUACACGUAUUAUGAUCUGUAGUACAAAAUACGGAAAAAUUUUUGUUGCCCAAAUGUCCACAUUAAAUGUUUGAUGUCUUUUCUGUUGUGUUAUAAUUUAGUAUCCGCAAAAUUUGUCACUGUGCAGGCAUGGAAAACUUUCGAACGUAUUUUUCUCAGUUUUGGCGGAUUAUUUUCAGCUUAUUGACGGUUUUUAUAAAUUUUGUCGGACAAGACGGCGAUUUUUUUUCCAUUCGUGCACCUGUUCCAGUCUGCAUUUCUUGUUUCGUCUUUUGUGUCAUAAUUCAUUUGUUUGUUAAAGAUGGUAAAAUAUCUUACCAAAGGUAUAGGAUUUAUUUAGUGGAUGAAUUUUAACGGUUUUUUAGGUAUUUAAAUCUUGUAUACAUUGAAUAGCAUUUAUGACUCUGCAUAUUAUUGAAUUAAUCCUUGGAAGACAUGUUUUUUAAUAAAAGAUAGCAUAUUUACAACAUA